AUGCUGUUCUGGCACACGCAGCCCGAACACUACAACCAGCACAACUCUGGCAGCUACUUGCGAGAUGUGCUGGCUCUGCCUAUCUUCAAGCAGGAGGAGCCGCAGCUAUCUCCUGAGAAUGGGACCCGCUUGCCGCCCCUACAGUAUGUGCUGUGUGCCGCCACCUCUCCAGCGGUAAAGCUACAUGAAGAGACCUUGACAUACCUCAAUCAAGGUCAGUCAUAUGAAAUCCGGCUGCUGGAGAAUCGGAAGCUAGGGGACUUCCAAGAUCUGAACACAAAAUACGUGAAGAGCAUCAUACGUGUUGUUUUCCAUGACCGCCGGCUGCAGUACACAGAGUACCAGCAGUUGGAAGGAUGGAGGUGGAGCCGGCCUGGGGACCGCAUCCUGGACAUUGAUAUUCCACUGUCUGUUGGUAUCUUGGACCCCAGGGCCAGCCCAACCCAACUGAAUGCUGUGGAGUUUUUGUGGGAUCCUGCAAAGAGAGCGUCUGCAUUCAUUCAGGUGCACUGUAUCAGCACGGAAUUCACCCCCAGGAAGCAUGGGGGUGAGAAGGGGGUGCCUUUUCGGGUGCAGAUUGACACGUUUAAACAGAACGAGAACGGGGAGUACACAGAGCAUCUACACUCUGCCAGCUGCCAGAUCAAGGUGUUCAAGCCCAAGGGAGCUGAUCGGAAACAGAAGACCGACCGGGAAAAGAUGGAAAAAAGGACAGCUCAGGAGAAGGAGAAGUACCAACCAUCCUAUGAAACCACCAUCCUCACUGAGUGCUCUCCGUGGCCUGACGUACCCUACCAGGCGAACAGCACUCCAUCCCCAAGCUACAAUGGCUCGCCCAACAGCUUUGGCCUCCGUGAAGGUAACAGCUCACCUAGUCACCCAGUGGAGCCCUUACCCCUGGGCAGUGAUCACCUGCUCCCAUCAGCCUCUAUCCAGGAUGCACAGCAGUGGCUGCACCGCAACCGCUUCUCACAGUUCUGCUGGCUCUUUGCCAGCUUCUCAGGUGCUGACCUUCUGAAGAUGUCCAGAGAUGAUUUGGUCCAGGUCUGUGGCCCUGCGGAUGGAAUUCGGCUCUUUAAUGCCAUCAAAGGCAGAAAUGUGAGGCCAAAGAUGACCAUCUAUGUCUGUCAGGAGCUAGAACAGAACCAGCUACCCCUGCCACAGAAGCAGGAUGACAAUGGGGACAACAGCCUGUGUGUAUACCAUGCUAUCUUCCUGGAAGAGCUGACUACCCUGGAGCUGACAGAGAAGAUCGCCAGUCUGUUCAGCAUUCCCCCACAGCACAUCCACCGGGUGUAUCGGCAGGGUCCUGCUGGUAUCCAUGUGGUGGUAAGCAAUGAGAUGGUUCAGAAUUUCCAAGACGAGUCUUGUUUUAUCCUCAGCACGUUAAAAGCAGAAAGCAAUGACGGCUACCACAUCAUCCUGAAGUGUGGACUCUGA